AUUGCAGCGUAGCUGAGGCCGCAUGUUGCUCCGCUUCAACUGCGCAUCUACAUAAUUCACCGUCUACAUUAGCGGGUUUAACAGCGGCAGAAGAAGAUGCCAAAGAAAUCUAAGGAUGUGGCGGAGUGGGAGGGAGAUGAUGAGCCCCAGACAGACAAACCUGUCAAGAAAGGAAAGAAGGAUAAGAAGGGAAAGAAGAGCUUUUUUGAUGAGCUGGCUGCUGACAGUAAACAAGAGAAGACGGAGGAGCCUGCAGUGAAAGAGACUCAAGGAAAGCAGCCUCAAAAGAAAAAGAAAGACAGACGGAAAGACAGACGAGGUGGAGAUGGGGAUGAGGAUGAUGAAGAGGUCAUGCAGCGACUCAAGAAGCUGUCUGUACAGGCCAGUGAUGAGGAAGAGGAGGAGGAAAAAGUAGUAGCUCCAGUCAAGACCGGGAAGAGAAACAAGGGUGGCAACAUUUUUGCUGCUCUUAGCCAGGGUCAGAGUGAUGAAGACGAGGAGGAUGAUGCAGAAGGUGGUGGUGAUGAUGACGACGACGAUGACGACGAUGAUGAUAAACCUAAGAAUAAAAAAAACACUAAGGAGAUUGAGAAAGUUUCCAAAGGAAAGAAAAAAGAUAAGUCUAAAACUAAGAAACCUAAGGAGGCUUCUGAGGAUGAACAUGAAGAGGAAAAAAAAGAUGAUGAUGAUGAGAAGAAGGAGGUGAAAAAGAACAAGAAAGCAAACAGCAAAGCACCCAAGGACGAGGAUGUGGAGAAAGAGGAAAAGCCUCAGAAGACGAGCAAGAAAGAACAACCAAAAAAAGGCAAACCUGCUAGUCCACCUAGUGAUAAUGAAGAGGAGGAGGAAGAGAAGAGUGAUGAAAAUGACACAAUGAUGAGUGCAGAGGAUGCUAUUGCUGCAGAACAGAGCAAAGAAAAGGACGACCCGUUUGCCAACCUGAGUAAAAAGGAAAAGAAAAAGAAGAAGAAGAUGAUGGAGUAUGAGCGUCAGGUGGCCAGUGUUCGUGCUCAAAGUGCCUCAGAGGGAGACUUUUCUGUCUCUCAGGCUGAGAUGUCUUCAAGGCAAGCCAUGCUGGAGAAUGCCUCAGAUAUUAAGCUGGAGAGAUUCAGCAUCUCUGCUCAUGGGAAGGAGCUGUUUGUCAACGCUGAUCUUCUGAUAGUGGCUGGACGACGGUAUGGUCUGGUUGGACCAAAUGGGAAAGGAAAAACCACUUUACUGAAGCACAUUUCCAACAGAGCCCUCAGCAUUCCCCCCAAUAUUGAUGUGCUGCUCUGUGAGCAAGAGGUGAUCGCUGAUGACACUCCAGCCGUGCAGGCUGUGCUGAAGGCUGACACACGACGGCUGAAGCUGCUGGAGGAGGAGAAGCAGCUGCAGAGACGGCUCGAUAAGGGUGAAGACGGCGUCUCAGAUAGACUACAGAAGGUAUAUGAAGAGUUAAGGGCAAUCGGAGCAGCGGCAGCAGAGGCCAAGGCUCGCAGGAUCCUGGCUGGUUUGUCCUUCACACCUGAGAUGCAGAACAGACCCACUAAGAAGUUUUCUGGUGGUUGGAGAAUGAGAGUGUCACUAGCCAGAGCUCUCUUCAUGGAACCCACUCUGUUGAUGUUGGACGAACCAACGAACCACUUGGACCUUAAUGCUGUCAUCUGGCUUAACAACUACCUACAAAGCUGGAAGAAGACCCUACUGAUUGUGUCCCACGACCAGAGUUUCUUGGAUGAUGUUUGUACAGAUAUUGUUCACUUGGACAACCAGAAACUCUAUUAUUACAGGGGAAACUACUUGGCGUUUAAGAAGAUGUAUGUGCAGAAACAGAAGGAGCUUCUGAAACAGUACGAGAAACAAGAGAAAAAGCUCAAAGACCUAAAGGCUGGAGGAAAAUCCACAAAACAAGCUGAGAAACAAACAAAGGAGGCCCUGACAAGAAAGCAGCAGAAGGGCAAGAAGAAGGGACAGGAUGAGGACGUUCAUGAGGCCCCAGAGCUUUUGAAGAGACCUAAAGAAUACACAGUGAAGUUUACCUUCCCUGAUCCACCACCCCUCUCUCCACCCAUUCUCGGUCUGCACAGUGUGGACUUUGGUUAUGAGGGUCAGAAACCACUCUUCAAAAAUGUGGACUUUGGAAUUGACAUGGAAUCUCGAAUCUGUAUAGUUGGACCAAAUGGUGUUGGAAAGAGUACACUCCUGCUUCUCCUGACAGGAAAAUUAAACCCUACAAAAGGAGAGAUGAGAAAGAAUCACCGUUUGAAAGUGGGCUUCUUCAACCAGCAGUAUGCUGAUCAGCUGAUCAUGGAAGAGGCCCCUACAGAGUACCUGCAGAGGAACUUUAACCUGCCCUACCAGGACAGCAGGAAGUGUCUUGGGCGCUUUGGCCUUGAGAGCCAUGCACACACUAUCCAGAUUUCCAAACUCUCUGGUGGCCAGAAAGCAAGAGUGGUGUUUGCCGAACUUGCCUGUCGGCAGCCUGACGUCCUAAUAUUGGAUGAGCCUACCAAUAACCUGGACAUAGAGUCUAUUGAUGCCCUGUCAGAAGCCAUCAAUGAAUACAAAGGAGCGGUGAUCAUUGUGAGCCAUGAUGCCAGACUGAUCACUGAGACACAGUGUCAGCUCUGGGUGGUGGAGGACCAGACGGUAAACCAGAUUGAUGGGGACUUUGAAGAGUACAAGAGAGAAGUGCUGGAGGCCCUUGGAGAAACACUGGCUAUCAAGUCUAAAGACUGAUCUUGGAACAAGGCUCCAGGAGUGUCAAACUUCAUUACUGAAGGAUUUGAGAAUAUGUUUUGUCUUUUAUAUACAUAUAAAACAGCAUAUAUAAAUAAUUUUGCCAACUUAAAAGCUAUUCUUUUUACUUAUAAGAACACCAAUCCUUCAGUUUUUGUGUUUGACAUCCUUGAAAUCAACAAUGCAAGCGCUAUUAUUACCAGCCAUUGCUACUGCAGUGUGAUGCAAUGCCACAGAACUUGUUCUGGUGCACCAAUUCUUUUUAACAAAACUUCUAGAUCAGAGAGCGAGUUAGUGGUGUACAAGCUGAAUUCAGCUACACUGUGUCACCGUGUCUUCUAACCAUUGAUUCCAUAAAAGCACUAUUUAACUUGAACACUUUGUAUUAAAGUGACCUGUAUUAAAAUUCUGGUUUCUGGUCAUUUUCAGCUUUUGGGUAAUUCAGCCCUGUUACACCCUCAAUCCACUGACUAUUGGGCCAGUUUCCCAGAACUAGAUUAAGCCUAAGCCUAGAAUAAAAUUAAUUUUCAGUGGUAAAACCAUUGGUAUCGCAAUUUAAAGAAAGACUAGGCUUAGUUUAGGUCUGGGAAACCAGUAUAUUGUGUUUUUCAAAACUAUGGAAUACACGGCGGUACAGAUGUAUUGGUGAAGCUUGCAUGUAGAAAUACAAUUUAGCGCCAAUGAAAUGCAACUAACAUCAAUGGGAUAUUAAAUACGUAUCUGAAUCCUGAUAUGGAAAAAUGGAAAUAAAUUUUGCAGUAAGGGC